UCCUGUGUUGAUUUAGAGAGAGAGUGGGAGGGAAUGGUGUGCGUGUGUGUUUUCUGCAAAGUUGCACCCGAUUGGACGGCAGGUCUUGGGCAUUACCCUUUCUCUCCAUGCCGAAUAAAAGAGUGCUGAAGAGCCUAUCGCAGCGCGCGCUUCCUCCUCCCACUAUGUGCGCCAAAGUUGGCCACUUAAACUCCUCUCAGGCAGCAAACAGGAGCUGUAAUCAAAACUAGCAGAUCAUCUCACUAAUAUUUGCUUCAGAGCACAUUUCAUGCUUUACUCUGCUCUUGUUUUUGGGUAUUCACUGUAAGAACAAAUCUUGAGUUUUUCUUCUGCACACUGGGCAUUGUCCACUGGUGUGUGUGUGUGUGAGUGUGUGUGUUUGGAUUGCUUUUUAAAUUCUUUGGAUCCGUUACUGUUUCCACGGCGCAAACAACACUGGAGCUUUCUGUGUGAUUGAUUUCUUUAAUUUAUUAGUGAGAGUUUAAAUUGUUUGGGAGUAGCUGGAAUGGCUACUUUACCAGGAACAGUUCCUCGAAUGAUGCGGCCAGCGCCAGGCCAGAACUACCCCAGAACCGGAUUCCCAUUAGAAGAGUAUGAUAUUGUUUCCUUUUUUGGGCCUGAAUGUUUUUCCGCAGUCUCAACGCCUCUGGGUCAAGGUCGCGUGAACCAACUCGGUGGAGUUUUCAUCAACGGAAGGCCACUGCCAAAUCACAUUCGACACAAAAUAGUGGAAAUGGCCCAUCACGGCAUUCGACCCUGCGUGAUCUCCAGACAACUGCGGGUCUCACACGGAUGCGUGUCCAAAAUCCUCUGUCGGUACCAGGAGACCGGUUCCAUUCGCCCGGGAGCAAUAGGUGGAAGUAAACCCAGGCAAGUUGCAACACCCGACGUUGAAAAGAGAAUUGAGGAAUACAAACGCGAGAAUCCAGGGAUGUUCAGCUGGGAAAUCCGGGAUAAGUUGCUGAAGGACGGGGUGUGUGACAGAGGCACGGUUCCUUCAGGUGAGGCCUCUUCCGUUAGCUCCAUUAGUCGGGUUUUGAGAGCUCGUUUUGGCAAGAAAGAUGACGAUGACGACUGUGAUAAAAAAGAUGAAGACGGAGAAAAGAAAACCAAGCACAGCAUCGAUGGGAUUCUCGGGGACAAAGGUAACCGUACAGACGAAGGUUCAGAUGUGGAGUCGGAGCCAGACCUGCCCUUGAAGAGGAAACAGAGACGCAGCCGUACCACCUUCACGGCGGAGCAGCUGGAGGAGCUCGAGAAGGCCUUCGAGAGGACACACUACCCCGACAUCUACACCAGAGAGGAGCUCGCACAGAGGACCAAACUGACCGAGGCUCGUGUACAGGUCUGGUUUAGCAACCGAAGAGCACGGUGGCGCAAACAAGCAGGAGCAAAUCAGCUGGCAGCUUUCAACCACUUGUUGCCCGGAGGGUUUCCGCCUACCGGCAUGCCAACCUUACCCACCUAUCAGCUUCCAGAGUCAACGUAUCCCAGCACCACUCUCUCGCAAGAUGGCAGCAGUACGUUGCACCGGCCGCAGCCUCUGCCGCCUUCCUCCAUGCAUCAGGGUGGGCUCUCGGCUGACAGUAGCUCUGCGUACGGCCUCUCAUCCAACCGCCACACCUUCUCCAGCUAUUCAGAAACUUUUAUGAGCCCGUCAGCUUCAAGCAACCACAUGAAUCCCGUGAGCAACGGCCUUUCGCCACAGGUGAUGAGUAUUUUGAGUAACCCCAGUGCCGUCCCGUCCCAGCCUCAGCACGAUUUCUCCAUUUCUCCUCUCCACGGCAGUCUGGAGGCGUCUAACCCCAUCUCAGCGAGCUGCAGUCAACGUUCAGACCCCAUCAAGAGUGUGGACAGUCUGGCCUCCUCUCAGUCCUACUGUCCCCCCACAUACAGCGCCACCAGCUACAGCGUGGACCCCGUCACCGCUGGAUACCAGUACAGCCAGUACGGCCAGACCGCUGUGGACUAUCUGGCCAAGAAUGUGAGUCUCUCGACUCAGAGGAGGAUGAAGCUGGCCGAUCAUUCGGCGGUGCUGGGACUUCUGCAGGUGGAGACAGGACAGGCUUACUGAGUCAAACGCUCUCAGAUGUACACACACCUCCUUCGACCAGGUGGAGCUGUUUACCGCAUCAGAAGGCACAAGCGUGUGAGAGGUUUCUCUCUGAUUUUCAAGACAAACUCUUGCCAUUCCAUUUGACGUGACCUGUUCUUGUGAUUCUGGGCUUGUCAUGAACCUCUAACUCAGACAAGAGGACCACACAGCAGCCGCAAGCACGUCGACGGACAGCAAGAACGCAUUCCGAGCCAUUUCCAAAACGUACUUUCACCUUGCUGUGCAUAGUCGUGUAUGAAUCUCAGUGUCAUUACAACGGAUAAUCUCGCUUGUUUUCUAUCGGUAUUGUUAUUACGAUUGCCCUUACAGUUGUUGUAAUUAUGAUUAUCGUAACUAUUGUUUACGUUUUGUUGUUUCAAGAUCCACACGUAGCAUUUUUUACUAAUUUGAACCCGAAGUUUUUUACGUGAAAUGCUAGCAGUGGGCUAGUUUGUGUGUUGGAAGUGUGACUGCUGGUUUUCCACUUUCCAGGUUCCCCUCACCCCAAGAGCCGUAAUAUUCCCGAGCGGUUUGACCUUCUCCGCCUUCAUUUUUAACUUGACAUUCCAUGCGAACCUGGCCACUCUGUAGGAAGUCUGGCUUUAGGCAUUCUGCUGGGAAUUAGCAGUGCUUUUAGAGGACCAGCCAUUUUUCUUUCACCUCAAAUGCCCGUUUUGUCCAUACUGAUCAUCUGGGGGGAAGAAAACAGCAUUGUUUGAAAAACAAUUGUGACUUUUUAAAUUCGUUUAUUUUCUAGAGAGAAGCAACACUUUGCCCUCAAACUACAGAAGACAAAAAAUCAAGUCAAGAGAUGCUGUUUCAAACAUGAAUAUUAUGAUUUUGAUUUAGACCAAGUACAGUACCGUUCAAAAGUUUGGGCUCGGUGUGAUUUUUUUUUUUAAAUGUUUUUGAAAGAAGUCUCUUAAGAUGCAUUUAUUUGUAAAAACAGUAAAUAUUAUUACAAUUUUAAAUAACUGUUUUCUAUUUGAAUAACUUUUAAAAUGUAAUUUAUUCCUGUGAUCAAAAGCUGAAUUUUCAGCAUCAUUACUUCAGUCUUCAGUGUCACAUGAUCCUUCAGAAAUGCUGAUUUGGUGAUUUUUUUAUCAUAUCAAUGUUGAAAACAGUUUAUGCUGCUGUGGUGGAAACCGUGAUACAUUUUGUUUUCAGACAAAUAGAAAGUUCAAAAGAACUGUAUUAAUUGUAAAUGUCUUUACCGUCACUUUUGAUCAAUUUAUUGCAUCUUUGCUGAAUAAAAUUAUUAGCGCCUUUCAAAAAACAAAACAAACAAUCUAACUGCCCCCAAAGUUUUGAACGGUAUAGUGUAUAAUUUUGACAACAUUCCUCAACAUCUUUCUUGCUUUCUUAUUUUCUCUCUGGUUUUUAUUUUCUCUUUUACAAACUGAUACAAAAACACACCCAAGGCUCCUGUAAUUAAGAUCUCUUGCAUUCACAAGUUUGUACAAAAAAAGUUGUGAACUUUCGACAUUUGUGUAGCACUUGCAGGUGACAUUUUGACACAUAAAUGGAAUUGUACAGUAGAUGAAGCAGAUCGUUUAUUGUUUGUUUAUAAAGAAUAUGUUUUAUACUAAAACAGAAAGGUGUUGUGUGGUAGAUGAAGCAGGGGAUAUCUGUAAGUCUUAUAUUGUAAUUUUGUGUUUAUAUUUACUGCUUUGGUUUCUUUGGUUUCAAUAGUUAUUAUGUAUCAUUUUUCUUAGGAUUCAAAGUGUAUGUGAGAAGCUCUCGAUAAAAGACAUUCACACUUAAAAUUAAAUGGAAUGUGAAUCGUAUUGCUUAUGAUUCUCUGCUUCAAAUUUGCUCUGCUUAAGGAAGAGCACAUUCGUGGAUCCAUAUAGUGAGGAUGAAAUAUUGACAUUCGAACCGUUUGGAGGCCGAAACCUUGCAAUGGAAGUGAUUGAUGGCUUAUUUAACGGACUGUGGGAAACACAGCAGUGUUUGGUGCUAACUGACUGCUUCAACUGACUCAAUGAAUCCCUCAACGAAUCUUCGAGCAAACGAGAACUCUUAAUGAAACCACCUGACCCAAACCCCGCCCCAUUCACUUUCAGCUGUCGAUAUCUUCAUCAAACGAGCAAUGAAAAUGAAAUGACUUCUAGUGUAGAGCAUCCACGGCUAACACCUUUGUUAAUCAACAUUUGGAUAUUAAAAAUAUUAUCCAUCAUGCCCCUCUGGGACGUCAAACUGGGGACCUGCUUUCGUUAGCAUUUGUGUUUAUGCUUUCCUCCCAUUUCCUUUCAGCAUGUGUGUACGUUACCAUGGUAUAAUUUAUUCUGCUGUAUGAAGUAGUAGCUUUAGUGGGAACCUUGUAUUUGGUAUUUACUACCUUCAGCCUGUUGGUGUCUUUACUGUAACACUGGCUUAAAUGUUAUCAAUUAAAGAUCUAAAACUGACUUAAGGAUCAA